UGCAGUUCAAAGCACUCGCGCGUUCUGGGGAUUCUACUUGGAGACUGAGAGGAACACUUUACCGUUUCAUCCUGCACAGUUGAAGGCAGACUUUCAACCAGCUGGCUUGUUUUUGCUUCCUCGGACCCACUUGCAGAAAACGCACUCUUCCCAGGAGUCUGACAGAAACGUGUGCGUAAAGACAAUCCAAAUCGAUUUUACGCACGGGAGCAAAAGAGAUUGUUUUGUGCACUUAUCUCAGCUGAUAGACUCUGGUCAUUUUGACAAGGUAAAGUCUAAUUUACAGACUUUUCCUUGCGUAAGGCAUCAGAAAGAACUCCUCCGUUUCACGCGUAUUUUGGCACCACACCGCUUUUCGUAUGAAUCUCCUCGACCCUUACCUUAAGAUGACGGAGGAACAAGAAAAGUGUCUCUCUGACGCCCCCAGCCCGAGCAUGUCCGAGGACUCCGCGGGCUCCCCGUGCCCCUCGGGCUCUAGCUCAGACACCGAGAACACGCGCCCCUCAGAGAACGGGCUGCUCGGUGUGGACGCAGACUUCAAGAAGGAGGAGGACGAUAAGUUUCCCGCUUGCAUCCGCGACGCUGUGUCCCAGGUGCUCAAGGGCUACGACUGGACCCUCGUGCCCAUGCCCGUGCGCGUAAACGGAUCUUCUAAGAACAAGCCUCACGUGAAGAGACCCAUGAACGCCUUCAUGGUUUGGGCUCAGGCUGCCCGCAGGAAGCUCGCGGAUCAAUAUCCUCACCUGCAUAACGCGGAGCUCAGCAAAACUCUGGGGAAACUCUGGAGACUUCUCAAUGAAGGAGAGAAGCGGCCGUUUGUGGAGGAGGCUGAGCGGCUCCGCGUGCAGCACAAGAAGGAUCACCCGGACUACAAGUACCAGCCCCGGCGGAGGAAGUCUGUGAAGAACGGGCAGAGCGACGCGGAGGACGGCAGCGAGCAGACACACAUCUCUCCCACCGCCAUCUUCAAAGCCUUGCAGCAGGCAGACUCUCCGGCCUCCAGCAUGGGAGAGGUGCACUCUCCGGGGGAACUCUCAGGUUCCCAGGGGCCUCCCACCCCCCCCACCACCCCAAAGACUGACAUCAGCUCCGGCAAGAUGGACCUAAAGCGUGAGGGGGGUCUCCGCUCUCUCUCAGACGGACGCCAGCUCAACAUCGACUUCCGCGACGUGGACAUCGGCGAGCUGAGCAGCGACGUCAUCUCCCACAUCGAGACCUUUGACGUCAACGAGUUCGACCAGUACCUGCCCCCCAACGGACACCCCGCCAUCCCCGGCAGCGUCACGCCAAUCACGUACACCGGCAGCUACAGCAUCAGUGGAGGAGGAGGAGGAGGAGGAGGAGGAGGAGGAGGAGGAGGAGGAGGAGGAGGAGGAGGAGGAGGAGGAGGAGGAGGAGGGGGUCCAGGGAGCCCUCAGAACACAGCAUGGCUGGCAAAGACCCAAACCCAGCACUCUCUGGCCGCCGUCAGUUCCUCCGAGAGGACCCAAAUCAAGACGGAGCAGCUGAGUCCGAGUCACUACACGGAGCAGCAGAGCUCCCCGCAACACGCCGCCUUCAGCCCCUUCAACCUGCAGCACUACAGCCCCCCUGCCUCCACCUACACCUCCUCCAGGGCGCAGCAGUACGACUACUCCGAGCACCAAGGGGGGGCAGGAACAGCUUCUUACUACAGCCACGCGGCGGCGGGACAAAGCUCGGGUCUGUACUCGACUUUCAGCUAUAUGAGUGGCAGCAGUCAGAGGCCAAUGUACACACCCAUCGCUGAUAACGCGGGGGUGCCGUCCGUCCCUCAGACCGGCCCCCAGCACUGGGACCCAGCACCCGUCUACACCCAGCUCACCAGACCAUGAAACCCCCCGAAAACACUUUGAAUUUGGGGAGAGGGGCUCCCUGAAUCAGACACUUGAAGAGUAGAACAGCUGGACUUGUGAUUGGCUCACGUCGUGCCUUGCUAUCUUGAUAGAAACGAUAUAUAUAUAUUUUUAGAGAGAUGAUGAUAGAAAACAAAAUCCUCUGUGAGGACUUAUCGAUUGUUGAUAUUUCCGUAGGUACUGUGUAUGUUUCUCUUAUUUUUCUUCUGGCAGUUUGUAAUGAUUGCUUGAUUUCACAAUGCCAUUUUUGAAAAAGGGGGGGGGGGGGGGGGGACUGCAGCCCUUUCCACCAUCCGUGCCUUGGAUUUUUUACAUUUUCUCAAACUUGUUGUAUGUGUGUGUGAGAGUGUGUGUGAUGGCCACAGCUGAAAUUACACUUACCGUCCAACAGCGUGUGUUUGACAGCUACAGGAAGUCACCUUUGACUCCCGACCCCCCCCCCGCCCUUUAGUCUCCUACCACGCUGGUCACCCUCCCCCCUCUUGGCAAACCCAGUUUAAAACUUUAUUUAUUUAUUAGCUUUAAUUUUAUUUCAAAGUAAUUAUUUUGCAUACUAUUCUUAUAACUAAUUAAAUGUUGUUUUUGAAAUUUACAUUGCAUAUCACCCCCCCCCCCCCCCCCCUUUUUUUUUUUUUUUUUUCAACCCAGGAGGUUCUUAGUCAAAAUGGUACACGCUGUAAUCGUCUUUUUUAUUGUUUAUUUAUCUUAUCUAAAUGUCUAUUUUAAGUAUGUAUUUGCCUUUCUCUGAGGGUCUGGGGGGGGGGGGGGGCUGGGGCUAUCUAACGAAAUGUGUACGGAUUAUUUGUUAUUUGUGAAUUUCCUUUGAGUUGUACUUUAAACUAUGGCUGGAAGAACUGGAAGAUGUUAUGAGUUUUGAAACUUUUGUUUUUGCGAUCACAAGAAGGACCGUCCUUUCUUUCUGCUCCAUUUCCUUUAUCUCCUAAUAUCACAAUGUUCCCAAUACUUUGUUUUCACCUUCUGUGAUCUUGCCAUGUAUUUGUACUGUCUUUAAAGAAUCUUUUGUAUAUGUAUUUGCAAUAAAAGAAGAGAUAUGCUUUUAAAA